CUGAGUACUGAGUGCCCAUCCCUCUCUCAAAGGAACUGCAUAUACUCUCUGCCAGACUCACUUAGCACACAGGCAGGCAUAGAGCGGCAGACAUACAGCUUGAUCCAACAGUUAAAAGACAAGAGACAGUUCCAGCUAAAGGACAUAGAUUAAAGAUCACAGCAUGGAUGCACUGAAGAAGGGAUUCUCUAUGGCUAAGGAGGGUGUGGUGGCUGCCGCAGAGAAAACCAAGGCUGGGGUGGAGGAGGCAGCGACCAAAACCAAGGAGGGGGUCAUGUAUGUGGGCACAAAGACAAAGGAAGGUGUUGUCACAGGUGUAAACCAAGUUGCUCAUAAAACAACAGAGCAGGCAAAUCUUGUGGGUGAGACUGCUGUAGCUGGAGCCAAUCAGGUGUCAGAAAAGACAGUGGAAGGCCUGGAGAGUGUGGUCACAUCUGCUGGCCUGGUCAAACAGGAUGAGCCGGGGAACACUGAGGGGGAGCUCUCAAAGAAAGAGGGAGCUGUAGAGCAGCCUGCAGAUGCUGGACAGUAGGCUGAUGUCAGGAUAAACAGUCCCCCAUGAUGCUCCGCUUGCUGAGAGGAAAGAGUACAUUAGCUGCUGGCAAUGGCUGAAUGUUAUCAAUGCUAAACCUCUAAUGAACACAAACUAAUACCAAAUUUCACAAAAAAGAAAGAAAGUGUCUUUCUCUCUUCUCACAGACAACCUAUACUUACCUCAGUUAGACCACUUCCAUCACAUACAGAGAUAGUAUUCACAAGAAAAAAAUACACAUGUAACAUCAGAAACAUUAUUUAGCUAUGCAAGAUUUUAAGUGAACAUUUCAAGCAUCAUACGUAAAUAUUUUGCACACCACCUGUCUUUCAUACCUGCCCUGAAGCAGUUUUACACCACCCAAUGCAACAGAUAUGAAACUAUUUACACAGUCAGCAUCAAUGAAAAUAUAAAGCAUUUCAGUCCAAACAUCUGUUGUCAUCCAUUGUGCAUACAAUGACACCUGACACACCAAUUGUUAGUAGAUUGAAGAAGAAAUCUGGCUAAAAAUGUUCCUGUCCUGUAAGACUCAUCAUAUAAAGUGUGUUUAUAGAGAAAUUAGUUUUGUUUUAAGGCUUUGGUAAUGCACUUAUAAGUAAUUUGCUGUAGAAGCCUUUCUAAACAACUUACAAAACCUGCAAAUGGUAUCAGAGCAGUUGCUAGCUUUCAGGAUUUAUGUCUGUGGAAGUCAGGCAUGCUGUCUAAGUAUUACUCUCGCUUUAACCACUUGACCAUAUUCAUUUAACUGACAUGGGGGAGCCAUGACAUCUGAAACACUUUUUUUUAAAUACAUCAUCUGUAAUAAAAUCAGUUUUGUGAAAAAUACA